AUGGCUUCUCCCAGUAAGAUUUUUGCUGGAAAGAUCAUUACGAUUAUUGCUACCUAUAUUUCUGAGAAAGGUAUCCGAUUGCAGGAAUGCGAAGGGCUCGUUGUGAAUGACAGAGCGAGUUAG